AUGGCUGCUGCCACUGAGGCUGCAAACUCUGAGGGGAAACAGCUUCCUAAUAAUACAGAAACUGUGAUCUGGGAGCCCAGAAAAGAACAUUUGCUGCAGAAUAUUCCAAAUGUUCCUGAUGGCAAGUGUGAAGAAAGUGAAUCUGCUUCUACCUCUCCCAAUGAAGGCGAUGUCAGUGGCUCUACUGAUGAGGGCUGGUGCAAUAUAUAUGCUUACCUGGAUCUGUGGGAUAGUGAAGUUUCCGAUAUACCUGAGUCUUCAGGGCAUCAGGAUGCAUCUGAGCAUGAGGCAGAGGACUGGGAUAAAGAGUUGGAGGAGUCCACAUGUGGCCCUUAUGAUGCUGACGAUCUCUCCUGUGGAAGCUUUGAGGAAAAUAAUCUUUUCGGCUCCUAUGUGUGGAAGGAGGAUUGGUUUUACAACCCAGGCUCUUACCACGCUCCUUGCUUUGUUUUCCCACCACGAGUUAGAACAGUUGAGAAGGGCCAGUUUGAUGAUGCUGAUGAAUGAGGUUGAGCCUGGUCAGAAAUAAGUUUGGCUUCUGUGUUGGAUUAUGUUCUUCAGUGACUGAACUGUGUCAAGUCUUUUGGCUUUUUUGCAGAGUUGGGCCUGAAGCCAGAAAUGUGACACAUGUUGUAUUUCUCUGGUGUAUUUCUGACACCAUCUCCAUAGUUUUGUUUGUUUCUGAGCUCUUCAUAAAUUGCCCACCCUUGCCCUGGAGACAAGAGUGCAGGUGCUGGGUGUAAGGAGUCAGUGAGUUUCUGGAGGUUUUGUUUGUAUUAUACAGAUCUAUGUUGCUAACUAAUUGCUUGAGGAGAAGUAUUUGAUUUCUAAACUUCUGCUUGUUUGCCAGGCUUCUGUCAUUUUUGACAUGUUGAUCCCUGUGUUUUUGUGUAACUUUCGGUUUUCUUUCCAUUUGAUGUGUCAGAUUGGUUUGGGUAGCUUUAAAAACUCCCCCUCCUUCAAGCUUGUCUGUUGUAUUUCCAUACGGUUCUAAUGUCCAUUUGUGAUUCUUGUACUGGUGUUUAACAAAAUCAGCUGUGAUGAGUACACAACAAGUUGUUUUGUGUUUAUUUUUAUGUAUUUCAGCAGAAAGGAAUUACAAAUACACGAUGAACAUUUUGCAAAUA